AGCGGACAACUGCAUUGGUCAGCACGUUACAAGGUCAUGGUAGGGGUAUCGUGCGGAUUGCUAUACCUUCAUGAAGAUUCUCGGCUUCAAAUUAUUCAUCAUUAUCUCAAAGCCGGCAACAUUCUGCUAGAUGCUGACAUGAACCCAAAAAUCUCAGAUUUUGGUGCAGCCCGGAUCUUCAGUACUGAUCAGACUCAAGCAAGCACUAAUAGAAUUGUUGGAACAUAUGGCUACAUGUCUACUGAGUAUCUGAUGUUUGGACACUUCUCCGUAAAAUCUGACGUCUUCAGCUACGGUGUGUUAAUGCUGGAGAUUAUAACUGGCAAAAAGAGCAGCCAAUUCUUCGCAUUGGACUGCGAUGAGGACCUGCUAGGCUAUGUUUGGAAGCAGUGGAACGACAGAAUGCCGUUGGAAGUAGUGGACCCAGCUUUAAGUAGUGCUUAUUCCGCGAAUGAAGUGAUCAGAUGCAUGCACAUUGGCUUGCUCUGUGUCCAAGACGACAUGGAAGACCGACCUACCAUGGAUUCAGUUAUUCUGAUGUUAAACAGCGAUUCUAUUAGCAUCCCGGUGCCUCAAAGACCUUCGUUCUUCUUUCCUGGUAAGAAGGACAAACAGGCACCUUGUGUUCUGAACUCAGAUCAAACUAACAGCAAGGUGGACCAAUCUAUUAGCAAGACAAUGUCGCCGCGGUCUCUGACUGAUAGUGAUCUUGCUGAUCCAGGUCCAUGGUAACCGAGAUUUUGAGGCUAUCAUUUAGAUCGAUUCAUUGUUUAGAUUACCAGAUAAAUCGUCUGUGUACACUUCACAGUACAUCUUCAUUUCAAGGAUUGUUUUAGAGGAUUGGAGUAGUGGAUACCUUUGAUGUAAAGUGGAUAUCACUUUUGCAAAUACCGUUAAUGGUGGUAGCCUAUAAAAGGUUUCAAGACCAAUCAGUGAACUUUGAUA